GUCGAAAUGCCCUAGUACAAUCCUGGUCUUGAGGUGCGACAUUCCGAUAAACACCUACAGAAGCCGCGGCACCGGUUGGUAACCUGAUGUUUCACAUGGUUGAAAACAACUAGUCUGGUGGUCUGUUCAUCUUCACACCGACGAAUCUGGUACACAUUUGGAUCAUGUCAUGAGUGGCCGUUUCUCGAACAGUUGGAGCCUGAGCGUCGCGUGUUAUAUCCAAAGAGCUGUUUUCAAGGCAUUCGACGCUUACCACCCAUUCUGAAAUAAGAAGGCACAUACGUCCCUGUCAAACCGUCGAACCGUCGAACCAUCGCUGCAAAGAUGCCUGCCUCAAAGAUGCCUACCCUUCCUGUUAUCGACUUCUCGCCUUAUGUUGAUCUUAACAGCACAGAGGCUUCGAAACAAGCCGUUGCCCAAGAGAUCGAUCGUGCCUGCCGAGAGGUCGGAUUCUUCUAUCUUUCCAACCAUGGCGUCGAUGUAAGCCUCAUGCAGCAGAUGAUCGAUAACGCGAGAACCUUCUUCGACACGGCCUCUGAUGAGGAGAAAGAUGCCAUCAAGAUCAAGCCAGCCGGCGAUGGCGUUGGAGACUUGUCUCGUGGUUUUCAACGGGUCGAUGGAGGAGCCAAAGGAUCCCAUGAAGCUGUAGAUAUCUUCCGCCCAGUCGACAACUCUGCAGGACCACCAUACGAGAUCGGGUUGGGAGAGAACCAGUGGCCAACAGUACCCAAGAACUUCCGAGAAGUUUCGGAGAGAUACGUCGACGGACUCUUGACUCUCGCAACCCAGUUGAUGAGAGUCAUUGCAACGGGAUUAGGAGUUGACGAACAGCUGUUCCUGAGCCGUAUUGACAAAAGUUUCUGGGAUCUGCGCAUUCUUGGUUACAAGGCCACGGAUCCAGAGGCGACCACGCCAUCCGUCUCUGGUAUCGGAGAACACACGGACUUUGGUAUCCUGACCCUGCUUUUGACGGACCCUCAAAAGAAUUCACUCCAAGUAUGGUCCAAAUCUGGCGAAUGGAUGGCAGCAGAUCCUAUUCCUGGAUGCUUCGUUAUCAACCUUGGUGGCAUGCUGUCGAAAUGGACGAACGGGCAAUACGUUUCAACAAAGCACCGCGUCUUGCACAACUCUUCGAAAGCGCGUAUAUCGGUGCCGUUCUUCUUCGACCCCAAUAUGGACGCUCACAUUUCGCCCGUCCUUCCACUGGAUGGAAGUGCUCGCGAAGAUGAGGGAAUACUGUACAGGGAGAAGUUUCUCCGUGCAAUGCAGUAUACUGUCGUCACGGAUCCAAACUACAGCUGCACGACGUGAUGUCUGUGAGUGCUGCGCAGUUCACGAUUUAGGGUUGGCGCAGUAGUGUAUGGUUUAUCGAGACUGUUGGAACUGGACAUUGUUGUUAGCGUCAUUGUUGGGAAACACUCUCGGAUCCUGAAUUCUUAUAAUCCUU